GCAUGGCAGGGCGAAAUAAAUACACAUGGACUACCGAAGAGGAUGCAAUGUUGAUUGAAUCAUUGUUGGAGUUACAUGUAUCUAGAAAGUAUGGUGGUGCCGACAACGGAUUCAAACCCGUUUAUAUGUAGGUCGUGCAACAAUUAUUAGAUACAAGUCUUCCUAACUCAGGUUUGAAAGUAGAGCCUCAUAUUAAAUCGAGGAUGAAGACAUGAAAAAACCAUUUCAUCAUCAUGAACGGUAUGGUAUACGGAACAAACACGAGUGGAUUCGGCUGGGAUACGGAUAAAUGUUUUGUUACCGCUGAUGCUGAAGUUUGGGAUGAGUACAUAAAGAGUUAUAAAGUUGCAGCAUGUUUUCGCGAUAAACCAAUUCCACAAUUCGAUAACCUAUGUAAAAUAUUUGGUAAGUAUAGAGCUACUGAUCUUGGAGAAGAUGUAACUGAAGAGACACAAAGAAACUCGCCUGUUGAUGUGGAAGGGUUGGAAGAUAUUGUUGGAGAGACGCAACAAAAUGCUCGUGGAAAUAGUAAACGCAAAAGGCCUCCAACAGAUGACAUUGAAAGAUCUUAUAAAGAAGUUGCAGAAUAAAUGAAAGAAACACUCAAGGAGGUUGGUGAAAAACUUAUUGAAACAAUAUACAAUAUAGGAAGACAAGAAAAUAAGAAAAUGUGUGAUAUGAUAGAUAAAGUAAUCAAAGAUAUACAACGCAUGCCAAAUAUCGAUGUCAAACAGUGAAUUACGGUGAUUGACAUGUUUAGCAAAGAUAAAUUUCAUGCCAGGUCGUUUUUAAAGAGGACAGAAGAAGAAAAGAUUUGUUACAUGGACAUGAUAGGGGAUGGAUCAAUAUCAUGAUUAGGUUAUUUUAAGUUAUGUUUUUUUUUAGUUUUUACGAAUAUUGAAGUUGACUCUUUGCACAUUCUGUAUUGG